GUCUGUUGACAUACGACUUCUUUUGCGCAUACUUCUUCUGUAUAGGUAGUCAUCAUCACCACCACCACCACCACCACCACCACCACAACAACCCUAUACGACGAAAUUUUUUUUUCCCCGUAACACCCGCCACCAUGAGGUUCCAUCCUCUUUUCUUUCUGCUUAAUGGCCUCGUCGCCCUCUCCGCUGCUACCUCGACAAAUUACUUCGUCACCCCAGGCACGAUGGCCUCGGCGGUGGCCAGCGGCAACGACACGGCCGAUUAUCCUGUCUUCUACGAGGGCGACUCGUACAACUUCACCUGGGUCACCAACUUCACUGUCGUCAGUUUGAUCCUGUAUCAGAAUGGGAACAGCACGGGGAUUCGAUUCUGGGACUACGUCUCCAACCCCCCGGCGCAAUACACCUACGACAUGACCCCCGACGUCAACCUAGCCUGGAACAACGUGUUCUUCGUCUCCCUCUGGAACGAAGAAUACCUCACAGAGAGCGGCCCCCGCCACUUCUACAGCGAAUACUUCCGCAUCGAAAAGAAAAACACCACUUCCAGCACCUCCGCCCCGACAACCCUAUCCACCAGCCCCAGCACCAGCACCAGCACCAGCACACUCACCUCCGGCUCCAAGACCAACUCCACCUCCACCAGCACAUCCACCUCCACCUCUGACCCAACCGCAGGAACCAGCGGCCUCUCCUCCUCCACGAAAGUCGGGUUGGGAGUCGGUCUAGGUCUCGGGAUCCCGCUCCUCGCUCUGGCCGCCGCGGGGCUGUUCUUCCUUGCGAAGAAGAGAGGGGCGGGAGCUGGUGCUGGUGCUGGGGAGGGCGCGGCGUGGCAGCAACAGCAGCAGCAGCAGCAGCUUCUUCACCAGCAGGGACAGGGCCAGAUGGUCGCCACGUCGCAGUAUAGUCCGCCCGUGGAAGCGGAUUCGGUGGCGUAUUCGGCGGCUCCGUCGGCGAGUGCGAGUGCGAGUGCGAGUGCAAGUGCGUCCGGGUUUGUCUCGCCCGGGCAGAGCAUGCCGUUGGAGUUGCCGGGGGAUGAGGGGAGGAGGUAUGAGAUGUGAGAUGUGAGAUGGGAGGUGGGAAGUGGGGGUCUCGUCCCCGUCGUCUCUAAAUCUAUGGGUUUUCCUUCCUUUUUUUGGAUGGAAAUAUGUGCUUAUUGGUUGAAGUUGGUUGAUGUCGUGUUGGUCGGUUUGCGCGUGAAAGUGCGUGAAGCAAAGCAACACAAUGCAACACAACACAGUAUACAUGCGUGAUGUGAUGUGAUUUGAUGUUCUUGUGACGUUCUUUGGAUGUUCAACGUAUAUACCCAUGCAUACAUCCCUACUAUGUAAUACCUGCUAUUUUAUUUUAUUUUAUCUUUGUUUUCAACACCAA